UCUCAAUUUUCAUCAGCAACGAUGGAAAAUUCGAUUCUUGAUCUGCCAACCGAACUGGUUAUUGAAAUCCUCUUGAGGCUUCCAGUAAAAUCCCUCUUGAAAUUUAGGUGCGCUUCAAAAUCUUGGUUUGCUUUGAUCUCUAGUCCUGAAUUUGUCAAAACUCAUCUCAGCUUAAAUGCCAAUAACAGCGAAUACACCCGCCAUAAGGUUAUGAUGUUUGAACGUACUGUGUAUGGCUUUCGAGAUUGUAGUGUUAACUCUUUAUUUAAUAACGCAUUUAACGAGGCAAACGACUUGGAUUAUCCCAGGCAAUUUCCAUGUGGUGUUUAUAUUGUAGGUUCUGUCAAUGGAUUGAUUUGUUUUGUUAGUCGGGAGAAGGAAUUGUUUCUAUGGAAUCCAUCAAUUAGAAAGUACAAGAAGUUGCCUAAUCCUAAAACUAAAACUACUUUUGGGUAUUGCAUCAAGCAAUCAUAUGGUUUUGGAUAUGAUGAGUUCCAUGAUGAUUAUAACAUAGUCGUUAUUUUUGCGAGAUAUGACUUUUCACUUCCAAUUGAGGUAAAAAGAUAUAGUCUAAAAAGUGAUUCCUGGAGAACGGUUGAUAAUUGUGCAAGUAUGGUGCCACUACAGCAGUCAGGUAGGUUUGUGGAUGGGAAACUUCAUUGGAAUACUAUUAUUGGUCCUAAACUGUGUAUGAAACGAAGCAUCAUUUCUAUUGAUUUGGCUGAUGGGAAAUGGGGAGAGAUGGAACUACCCUGUUAUUGGAAAGGAGCAAGAGGUGUGGUUUUGAGCUUGGGAGUGUUGGGAAGUAAUCUUUCGGUCUUGUGUGAUUGUGACGACCCAUAUAUGUUAGAUGUUUGGCUUAUGAAGGAGUAUGGAGUUAAAGAAUCUUGGACGAAGAUGUUUACUAUCAAGAUGCCGGAUGAUCAAUUGGUGUAUGGAUAUCUUGGGCAAAUACGUUUACACUUGGCAAGUGGAAGUGAAAUUUUGGUUGUAUUUGGAUCAACUUUCAUGAUAUACAAUCUAAAGGGUGACCCGCUCAGAUCUUCAAAGGUUAUUAACUCUAAUAAUUGGGAUGAGGCGGAAAUCUACAUUGAAAGCCUAGUUUGUCCUUUUUCUGAGGUAGGGACUGAAGAUGCAACAAAAAUGGGACUGAGGUUGUGAAACAACGAAGUAACAAAUAACUUGUAAGAGUAGUUUCUUGUCAAGUGUUGUUGAAUUAUGCUUAUUUUAUAAACUAUGCUGCCUUGUUAGUCUUUUUCCCUUAUGCUCCAUUUUCAUGUAACAAUAAUUUUGUCUUCAACUUCAUGCUAAAUGGGCCUAGAAAUUGUUUCUCUUAUUGAGCAGAUGUUAUGCCUCUAGACAGUGUAAAAAACAAAGAAGCGCCAAGGACUUGGAAAUCUUAGCUUAGGUCCUUGUUAGAGUUGUUUUUGAUCUAGGACGAUUUCAUUAAUUUUUUCGACUGAAACAAACUUAACAAGGGAAAACAGAGGAACUGAGGAUACAACAGGAAUGAAGGUUGCAGAAGCUCAAAUGGACACAAUUGUUUAAGUAAUGACCUGAAAGAGUUCCACUUUAUUUAUUUUUUGCUCAAGGGUUGUUCAAUUUUGAUUCUGGAAUAAAGACA